CUGAGCAUAUUUGAAUAUUGAGUACACAUUAUAAUUACUGCCUAGAUUUGAGAGCAUGUGCAGGUUCAGGCUAAUUCUCCCCUUUUUACUUCUGCAGGAAAAGAACAAAUUCCAGGAUAUCUUUGGACAGAGGCCAACUAAAAGGCACCAUGCCUUAGGAGUUACUCCCUGUAGAAAAUCCUGACAAAUGGUCUCAAACUCUGGGUCCUGUAGCUCCAGCAGCAGGCAGAGUGUAUAAUUUUGAGGUCUGUGAUUGCAUGAAUGACUGAACAACUGAGAACAGAGUCCUGUGCAAGUGACCCUGCAUCAUGACCUCAGUUGAGAAGCGUCGCUCAGGCCGAAAGAGCGGCGGGCAUCGAAAGCAUAGCGAUGGAGGCUAUAGCGACACCUCCAGCGGUGGGUCCUUUCUUGAUGAGACUGACCGUGAGGUCAGCAAUCUGACAGAUCGAGCAUUCAGGAGUCUCUGCAUUGGAGAUGAGGCUGUUUACAAUGACUCAGACCUGUGUUCGUCUUCUCCCUGCAUCCAAAGAGACAGACAGCUGGCCUUUACCCACAGUGGCCAUGAUGGAGACGGAGGGGACAGAGAAAGGGAGGAACUUAAGAGAGCUGCACAUGAGAGCUUCAGCCUCAGGAUGCAGCAGUAUGGACAGGACUGGAUCCAUGGAGGAAUGUAUGGGGCCGAGAUCCAGAGAGAUCCACAGUGGGAGGUUUAUGGGGAAAGGACACAGGGGAGGAUUUCAGCCACAUUCCAGCAAUCCUUUGUGGAAACUUCUCAAAAGGAGAAAGCUCUGAGGGAAGAACAGAUGUCCUUCUUCAGCAAUGGAGCCACAGAGUUGAGUUCGCAGCAACGCAGAAGCCGCUCCAGAGUUUCUUCACUGAUCAGAGCAUUUAACUCUGAGGGACAAAGGGAUGGAGCAGGCAUGGAUGGUAAACUCAGAGAAUGGAAUGAUGACACAAGCUGGGACAAAUCAGCUCUGAUGAGUAUCCAGAGAGAACUUUCUGAGUUCUCUACAUCUUACCACCAGAACUUAAACAGUGGUUAUUUCCCCUCAGCUGGCCCGUUCUCAUCCCAAGACAACAACUUCUACUCCUCUGACGUAGCAGCAGUAGCACACAUGAAUUCUGCGUCCUCUUUUAUGAGAUCUUCCCACAGUAAACACAGCAUGUCUGCACAGGUCAACUGUAACUCUAACUUCUUUAUACACAGUGAGUUUAGUCCCUUCAAGGUGUGGAGGGAUCAUAACAGGUUUCCCUUUCAACAAGGAGAAGUCUCGGGAUUCAUGCACUGUUCAGAGUUCCCUAAAUGGUAUGAGACACCAAUGUACAAGGAGCUCUCACUGGAGGCCCAACCACAGGGUCCUUACAGGUUUGAGGAGAGGGGUUAUAGACACCCAAGGAAUAACUUGGCGCCUGUGGUUCCCCCCACUCUUCCACGCUCGACCUCAACAUCCACAAUGCGGAAGAAAGCCUCAGCUGUGGAGAAACGUUGUGAGUCAGAGUUGACAGGCCAUUACCCCCACAGGAUGCAGACACAGAGCCUGGGAACCAACCGACUCCCAUCCCAGCGACCGUCAACUGCAUCACCUAGCAGCGAUAUGUCUCGACGUGUCCAGGACACCAUCAGCUCCGUCAAAGCCCUUCAGCAAAAACUCAAAAUGAUGACAGAGCAAGAUAUCGUAACAGGGAUGACAGCAAAUCAACAAGGAGUAUUUUGUAGCAAUAAUAAUUUGAUUCCCUAUGGGAACAAUGCAAAAACAGAAGCACCAAAUGUUGUCACCAGCAACACAAGCACCACUCCCUUCAACAUCAGCCAUCUGCUCACACCUUUAGUCUAUGCAAAUCAAGAAGCAGAGACAUCAGAGGUCCGGCAAUAUUCAGCUUCCCCUCAACCUGUGGAACAUGCUCCAGUGCGAGCAGAAAGCAGGGGAGCCACUCCUGAUGUUAGGAUGUCCAGCUACAAAUCCAGAGCCACCAGCCUACUCUUCAAUCUCAAAGACAACAGGAAAAGAGUAAAAAGCACCUACAGCCCCACCAAAUUCAAAGGCUUGGAGACUCCGGAGAAAAACAAACAUCCCCCUGUCCAGGAGCCAAGAGACACUGUAAUAGACAUCCCUGAUUUCCCAGAUCUGGACUUUCAAUUUCUCCAGGCAGAGGAAACAAACAGGACAGCCUCACAUCAGUAUGUAAACCAGUACAAAAAUCCUGGAUUGUCAUUUACAACACAAAAUUUCCAACCUGCAAAUACAGGCCAAUAUUCAGAAUACACAAGUGAUUACCAGACAGCUCAGAUUCAAAGUGAGAUGGCUCAUCACCCUGGGUUCACUGGCUUCAUACCUGAAAAUUGCACCAGCAAUCAGUUGGCUGAUGGACAGAAUUUCCAUGAAGACUUAUCGUCAUUUACUCCCUAUAAUCAAGGCAUGAUCGAUAAUGCAGAGACUCUGGGAGGAGACGCAUACAGGCUUAGCCCAUCUUACACAGCAACAGAGACACCGCAGUUAUAUGCUGACAACAAUCAACCCAGAGAAUAUUUAAUAAGUAAGGCAAAUGCUGAGCAACAUUUUAAUGAAACAGCGGGAGGGGAAUUCACAAAGGUGGAUAGAUAUCAGCAGCUCAACGACAACAAACAUGAUUACAGUAAUGUGUCUUCACAGGAUAGGUGGAGACAGACAAACAGCCAAGACCCAGAAAAUCUCAGUCUGAAAGCUGCUGUCUCUCCAUGGAAACAAGAGGUAACGGCCUUAGUGGAAAAAGACCAACAUGCACAGGCUUACCAAAGAGCAGCUAUGAUAGAGGAAAUAAAUUCACAGAGAGAUACAUACAGAGGAGAAAAUCAGCAUUGUGAACUUGAAGAACUUGAGAAAAUAGAGUCGAGGGAGAGUUUUGGUGUUGAGACAUUUUCUCAUAAAACAGCUGCCGUGGUCAAUCCUAACAUGUCAAAUCAAUUGCCACAAUAUGCUCCAUUUACUAAGGACAUGACAGAAAAUUAUGGACAACAGCAACUCGAAGCUUUUGACAAAUAUGAACUCCAACAGUAUUAUGGACUCAGUGAGGAAAAUGACAUGAAAGAUAAUAAUUAUUUGACACAUAAUUAUAACAUAUAUUCUGAUCAAGAAUACGGAAACCAGCAAAUGUAUUCUGAUAAAGACAAAAGUAUGAUCACGCAAGAAACAGGUCAGAGAAAACAAUAUACUCCUAUGUCAAAGGGCUAUGAAAUGCAAAGUCUCCAGCAAAUACAAGUUAAACCGCAGUUUGAAUAUAAUAUGCAGGAAAAUCCAUUAUCCAGCCUCCAUAAUGCUGCCCCUACAAUGGGAAACCAGGUGAAAGACAGACAGUCUGCUGAGGUCAAGACUGAACAGGCCAUGGCAGGGCACAUGACAGCACAACACGCCCAAGCAGAGCUGGCAGAGGCUCAGUACUGGGCUCAAAUGCAGCAGCCCAAAGCGGAGCUGGCUGGGUUAAUUUUAGCAGGGCAGACUGGUUCAGAGACAGUCAAAGCAGAGCAGGCCAAAGCAGAACUAACAGCACACAAAAGAGUAAACCAGGCCGAACACAUUAAAGAGGAGAAAAGAAAAGACAAACAGACAGAACAGUCCAGACAAAAACAAGAGCAUGUUAAAGAGGAACAGACAAAAGUAGAGCAAAGCAAAGUGCAGGAGGGUAGAGAAGAGCAGAGAGGACAUAUUAUAGAGGAAGCAGGAGCCGAACAUUUGAGAGAGGAGCAGGGUCAGCAGGUCAAAGCAAAACAAGCAGACGCAGAGAAGCUAAAAGCAGAACACAUAAAAACUGAACUGGCAGAGAGCAAGCAGGCUGCACAGGCAAGAAAAGAGCAAGUUAAAACCAAACAGAUCAGAAGAGAAAGGAUCACAGCACAGCAAACUGAGGAAGAACAGGUUAGAGCAAAACAUGUUGAGAGGGAGCGGAUGGAGUCAGAACAAAUCAGAGCACAAAGGGUUAAAGCAGAACAAGCUGAGGCAGAGCAUAGAAAAGCAGAACAAGCUAAACUAAAGCAGAUACAAGAGCAACAAGCUAAGGCACUCCAAACUGAAGCAGAGCGUAGAAAAGCCGAACAAGCUGAAGCUGAGCGUAAACAAGCCGAAGAAGCUGAGGCGGAGCGCCGAAAAGCCGAACAAGCUGAAGCUGAGCGUAAACGAGCCGAGCAAGCUGAAGCUGAGCGUAAACAAGCCGAAGAAGCUGAGGCGGAGCGCCAAAAAGCCGAACAAGCUGAAGCUGAGCGUAAACGAGCCGAGCAAGCUGAAGCUGAGCGUAAACAAGCCGAAGAAGCUGAGGCGGAGCGCCGAAAAGCCGAACAAGCUGAGGCGGAGCGCAGAAAAGCAGAACAAGCUGAGGCGGAGCGCAGAAAAGCAGAACAAGCUGAGGCGGAGCGCCGAAAAGCCAAACAAGCUGAAGCUGAGCGUAAAAAAGCCGAACAAGCUGAAGCUGAGCGUAAACAAGCCGAACAAGCUGAGGCGGAGCGCCGAAAAGCCGAACAAGCUGAAGCUGAGCGUAAAAAAGCCGAACAAGCUGAGGCGGAACGCCGAAAAGCCGAACAAGCUGAAGCAGAGCGUAAACAAGCCGAACAAGCUGAGGCGGAGCGCCGAAAAGCCGAACAAGCUGAGGCAGAGCGCAGAAAAGCCGAACAAGCUGAGGCGGAGCACCGAAAAGCCAAACAAGCUGAAGCAGAUCGUCGAAAAGCAGAACAAGCUGAGGCGGAGCGCAGAAAAGCAGAACAAGCUGAAGCUGAGCGUAAAAAAGCCGAACAAGCUGAGGCAGAGCGUAAACAAGCCGAACAAGCUGAAGCUGAGCGUAAACAAGCCGAACAAGCUGAGGCGGAGCGCAGAAAAGCCGAACAAGCUGAAGCUGAGCGUAAAAAAGCCGAACAAGCUGAGGCGGAGCGCAGAAAAGCCGAACAAGCUGAGGCGGAGCGCCGAAAAGCAGAACAAGCUGAAGCUGAGCGUAAACAAGCCGAACAAGCUGAAGCUGAGCGUAAACAAGCCGAACAAGCUGAGGCGGAGCGCAGAAAAGCCGAACAAGCUGAAGCUGAGCGUAAAAAAGCUGAACAAGCUGAGGCGGAGCGCAGAAAAGCCGAACAAGCUGAGGCGGAGCGCCGAAAAGCAGAACAAGCUGAAGCUGAGCGUAAACAAGCCGAACAAGCUGAGGCGGAGCGCCGAAAAGCCGAGGCGGAGCGCCGAAAAGCCGAACAAGCUGAGGCGGAGCGCCGAAAAGCCGAACAAGCUGAGGCGGAGCGCCGAAAAGCAGAACAAGCUGAAGCUGAGCGUAAAAAAGCCGAACAAGCUGAGGCAGAGCGCAGAAAAGCAGAACAAGCUGAAGCGGAGCGCAGAAAAGCCGAACAAGCUGAAGCAGAUCGUCGAAAAGCAGAACAAGCAAAGUUAGAGCAGAUACAAAAGCAACAAGCCAAAGCAGAACAGGAGAAAGCUAAUGUAGCAGAAGUUGGAAAGUUCAAGGCAAACCACAAUCAAAGUGAGGAUGUUAAACAAGAGAAGGAUCAGGCAGGUUCAGUUGAAGCAGUUCAGGUAAAUGAAAAGCACCUUACAAGACAGAUAAGUAAGUUAGAAGAGAGAAAGGCAGAACAGACAAGGUCAGAACAAACUAAAGUGAUGUUAGCUAAAGCAGAGCUAGCAAAAACAGAGGACAUGUUGGAGAAGGCUAAUCCCCCAGUAAAACUAACAAUGACACAGCAGGUUAGAAGUGAACCAGAUAAAGUUGAGCGAGUUAAGACUGAGUUAGCUAAAGCUAAAGCAGAACUGGCUAAAAUAAAGGAGAAAAUGAGAGGAGAGCAAAAAGAGAGAGUCAGGAAUACAGCACUCACAAAAGAAGAUAAAACAGAUGUUUCUAUAAAGGUAAAUGCCACUAAAAAUGAAGAGUACAAAGAUCAAGACCAGGCAAUGCAAAUCAGUAAACAGAGGGAGGACUCAGUUGCUGUCAGCAGUCAAAGUGUGGAUCAGGCUAACCGAGGGGCUGAUGAUUAUGAACGUCUUAGAGAGAAAUAUGGUUUUAUUGGUACAACUUCACCAAAGAGAAACAAAAGGUCAGCUGCAGGAAAUGUUUCUACAAAUGAUGCCAAUGAAACACCAGCUUUUGACAAAGUUGAUAUAACAAGUAAUGAAAUAUUUGGCCCUGCAAGCAAAUUAGCAACAGUAGACACAGGAAAUAAGGAGGAUGUAGGCAGCUUUAAAUCUGAUGAGGUGACAGAAAGUCAGUAUGUUUACAGUGAGUCUUCCAAAGAAUUCAAAUUAUCUGGUGUUACUGAUUUAUCUACCAAUGUCUAUAAAAGAGCAAAUAGUGACCCUGUUUCCAGUAAAGGGAAGGAUGACAGCAUUGAAAAGUUGGAAAAAUGUGAUCCUCUGAAACACAUUGGUGUUUCACAGCAAAGAGAUUCUGAAUUAACCAAACCACCCCUCCUUGAGAGAAAAUCCAAGUCAUCCGAGCACAGUGUAGGUCCAGGUAAAGAUCAUUUUACCCCUCACAAAGCACUGUCCCAUAAAGAGAGAGCUCAGACCAAGCAGGAGAUUCUAACUUCCAAGAUUAAAGCUCAUGCCGAAAAAGAGAUUUCAGCUAUUAAAGAAAAGGGCUUUGCUGUACGAGAUGGGUUUAUAUUAAAAAAUUCUUCCAAGAUGUUAGCAGGUAGUCAGAGUAGCAAUAUACGGCAGAGGCCGCCAUCACAGGAAAUGACUAAAAAGCAUGAAAGCACAAUGUCCACUAAAAUUACACCAAAGCAUCAUAUGGAGCCUUCAGGAAUACAGAUGGAACCAGUCAAUUCUGUUUCACCUCCCAGCUCUGCUGCAAUACAAGCCAAGCCUGCACCAACCACCAGUCACUUCGAAGACCACUCACAGAAACAAGAGCAUAAACAAUCAAUGAAGAGUGAAGACAACGUGCCAAAAGCAACAAAACAAAGAGAAACAAAACAGACACGAAGUUUUACAGUGAGCAAAGAUGAAAUGGCAGAAAAUCAAAAGAAAGACAGUCAAUCAGGAAUUAAGUCGCCAAUACAAAUUAAAGAGCAGGCAACCAAGAACAUGAAAGACAAACAGGAAGAAAAUUAUGGAGAAAACUCUGGAAAACAUAAAGAGAGACUUAAAGGCAAUCCUGCAGUAAACAGUGACCACCUCAACAAGAAGAAAGAUGAUCCAUCACAAGUUCGGGCUCUGGUUGAAGCUGAAAGCUCCAUACAAAUGAUGACGGAAAAGGUUGAGAAUAAACAUGAAGCAGUUCAUGAAGACUCGGCACCUUCAUUAAAUCUUGUCUUUGGCCAGAAGGAAACCCCAAUAGCUGAUGACAGCUUGCAGAUCAUGGGAAUAAUGGUAACUGUACAAAAAAGAAAGCCAUCUGUGGACAAUGGUCAGAGGAAUAACAGUGCUCUAGAACAAAUGAAUGUAAAAGAGAGGGAAAACGGUAAUUCAGAGCCAGAUAAAUGCCACCCCAGCUCAGGUUUGGAAUUAAGCAAAGGAAAUGUGUCUUCAAAGCUGGAGAACAGAGACAUAGAAAACACUCAUCCUACAGUGAAGGAAGAUCAAACUAAAGUUUGUAUGAAUGAUCAUCCUGAAAAUAUGCAACAAACUUCAGUGCUAGAGACAACACAGAAAAAUAUGUCUGAGAAUGUCACUGUGAAAAGGAUUAAUCGCAAACAGGAGAGUUGUUCUAUAAAUGCAAGACCCCAAAGGGUAACACAACCCCAAGAGCCACUGGCUGAAAAAGGUGUGUCCCCCACCAUCACUGUACGUGCUAAAAAUAAAGUGCUGGCUGAAACUAAACCCCUUCUCUACAAACAGGACAUAAUAUCAAGUGAAACAAAAGACGGUACAAAUGAAGUGCCAAAAGAAAACUCAGCAAAGAGAAUAAAGAAAGACGAAGUCAAAAGUAAUACUGAAGAGAAAAAUCCAGAAAAAGGUUCAGCAGCGCAUACCAAUGAGAACUUUAUGGUUAAAGUGGUGGACACAGCAAUCAACUGCACAAAUAAUUCAAACCGAGCUGAUGUUAAUCAUGAAAGCCAGCCAUCAGUGAAAGAAAAUGUUACAACUAUGAUAAAUCCAUCCAAAACCAGGGACGUUGAUGGCAAGAGUGCUCCCCCAGUGGAAGAAAAGGGAUGUAACGUAACACCACCAAAGCCAUUUAACAAAACCAGUCCAUCCAGCCAUUUAAGUGAGAAUGAAAACACACAAAACAUCUCCAAAACAUCUCCAAAACAUCAGUAUAAGGAGACACACAUAGGAGAAAAUAAUCAAGAGGAUGGUGAAGUGCAUAUAGGCGGCAUUGCCAUCAGAGUAGUUCCAGCAGUAACAGAGAAGGACAACAUGAUGGGAAAACAUCAUGUCACCACUGUCCCUUCUGAUUUAGCUGCAGCAAAUGAAAAUAAGCAAAUUGCAUCAUCUAGCUGCGAAGAAAAAGUAAACACUUUAAACAAUCUUGAAACUUCAGCAAGCAGUGAGAAGCAGAUGGAAGACAGAUUGGAAGACAAAUUGGGAGUACAAGACAUGUUGUCCACUAUGAGAAAACUGUCCAAUUCACUGAAAAUCAGUAAUCAAGAGAGCAGCAUAAACGCAACAAGUGAGAAUACUCAAAAUGGAAAGUCUGAAAAAGGAAAUAAAAGUGAGAAAUCAGAGGAUGAAUCAAAGAUUCCACCAAUAGAGGGGGAUUACUUUCAAGUGCAAGGGGUAGCUGAAGCAAAUAAUGAACCACACAAUCACACAAAUGUUGUCGACACAUCAGAUGCUGGAUCAAAGGGAAGGGAACGUCCAGGAUUACUAUCCAACAAGGCAGUUAUCAUCAGCAAUGAUUCAUGCAAUGAAGGAAAACAUGAAGUCUUUGUUUUGGAUGAAAGUAUAAGGAAAACACUGGAAUCAAGUUCAGUGGGGGUUAAAGAUGAGAACAUGAAAAGAAAAAACAGGGAAACAGAGGAUAAUCGUUCUUCAAAACAGAGUGAUGGUCCCACAGAGAGACAGAGUAAUAAAAAUGAAAAGACGGAUGAUCAGGCUAUUCUUAUCAGGAAACAUCACACAGAGAACCAUUCCAGUAUAUCAGCAAGGGAAGGACAGAAAGACAGAAAUUCACGCUCAACAAGGGAGACCACAAUUAAAGAAAAAGCUGAAGUUAAACCAAAACCAAAAGAAAGGGUAUCCACAAUCCCUGAGAUAUCAGCAAUUGCCGACUACGCCAGGUUAAAAGUAAUCGUUUCAGAUGACGAGACAAACACAAUUCAGGAAUUCCCACCCAACAAGAAGGAGGGGUUCUUUCCACUUAUUCAGAGUCGUCACAGCAGACGCCCAGUAUUUGCUGCUGACCCACAAGACCUCACUGUGAAAGAGAAAAGUUUGCCAACCAAGACAGAGGUCCCUGCAAAAGUGAACAAAGAACCCAAACCCAUAGUGUUUCCCAUUACAGAGAAAGAACACCAGAGGACAGGUAUGUUCAAGCUGGGAGACAAAGAAAGACAAGAGAAAAUGAUAUUAGAUGCCAAAUCCAACAAAGGUGUAUUAGAUACUGGGACAAAGCAUGCACAACAUCUCCAAGAAAGAAACGAGUCGUUAACAACUCAUCUUAAGAACCAGCGAUAUGGAGAACAAGUGGCUGACACCGAAAGAGUUCAUCAAGAGGAACAAAGUAUUCUUCAGCCAAACAAUACUUCCUUGCAAGCAACAACGUCGUUCUCUGCAAUCAACAGACCGAGAAGCUCUUCUGUAAAGCCACUUGAUGAUUUCAAUCCACACGAAAAGCUUUUGGGACAAAUGCACAACAUCAAGGAAAGCACAGUGACUAAGAUCAGGGAAGAGAGAACAGAACAACUGAGACAAGAAAGGAUUGCAAGUCAGCAUGAAGAAACCAAAGUAAAACAGAGUAGAGCCAAACAGUUGGAAGAAGAACAAGUAUCUGGGACAGAAGAGGAGAAAAGAGCAGAAGACAUGCGAGUAAAACGUAUAUUAGAGGAGAAUAGAGCUUCUCUGGCUGAGGAAGAGAGGAGAGCCUCUCAGAGAGAAGAGGAGAGGAGAGCCAGAGAGCGAGAGACCAUUGCUUUGAAAAUCAGGGAGAGGCGGGAAAAACAGAGAGAAGUAGAAAGAAGAGCAGAAGAAGAAAGAGCUGCUCAAAAAGAAGAGGAGCUGAGAGCAAAGCACAGAGAAGAAGAAAGGAAAAUGCAGGAAACUGAGGAGAAGAGGAGAAUAAAGAUUGAGGAGGAGCAUAGAGCAAAACUAAGGGAGGAGGAAGAGCGGAUAAAAGCGAAUGAAGAGAGGCGGAUGGUCAAACAACAAGAGAAGGAGAGAGCUGCUAAAGAGGAGCAACAGAGGAGAGCUGCACAAGAGGAGCAGGAAAGGAGAGCUGCACAAGAGAAGAAGCAGAGGAGAGCUGCACAAGAGGAGCAGCAAAGGAGAGCUGCACAAGAGGAGCAGCAGAGGAGAGCUGCACAAGAGGAGCAGCAAAGGAGAGCUGCACAAGAGGAGCAGCAAAGAAGAGCAGCUCAAGAGAAGAUGGAAAGGAGGGCCACUCUGAUUGAGGAGCAAAGGCGAGCAAAACAGAUUGAGGAGAACAUACUAACAGAGAAAAAGAGGAGAAUGCAAAAAGAGGAGGAGAAAGCUGCUCAAAUUUCAGAGGAGGAGAGGAUCAAACAGAUCCAGGAGCAGAAGAUUAAAGAGCAGAGACAUAAAAAGGAAGAAUGGAUGAGAACUCAGAGAGGGGAGGAGACGAGGAGAGCAGCUGCAAAAGAGAAAACAGUUGUAAAACAAACAGAAGAAAGACAAACCAGAGAUGAGAGGACCAGACUCCUUCAGGAGAGUCAAGCUGAACUGAAAGAGGAGGAGAAGAGAGUAGCACAAGGACACAUAACAGCUCAAAGGGAGGAUGAUAUCAGGAAUAACAAGAGAGAAGAAGAAGAAAAGUUAGCAAAUCACAGAGAAAAAGAGAAAGCCACUCAGUUGGAGGAGCAAAAAGGAGAAGCACAGGGCAUAGAUGCCCUCCAGUAUUAUGCCAUCACUUCAACAGAAUCAGAGAGGAAACCCAGAGAAAGACAACUGAGCUCCUCUUUACCUUCCCAACAAAGACACAAUUCAUCAGGGCUUGGAUCAACUGAAGACACAGGAUCCUACACAAGGCCAUAUCGACCACAUGCUCCUGCAUCUCCAGCUCCAUCUCUGCCCCGCUCCAACACCUCCUCUCCUGCUCUGGGAGUCAAGCCCUCAAUGUUCAGGGUGAAGGAUAACACCAUCAGAGGUUCCUCUUUCACCAAGUCAGUCAAACCACGUUUCCAUAAGAACUUUGGAGAGGAUUUCCGAGUGGGUUCACCCAUGGAGAGGGGCGCAGAGAGAGGAGAGGAGGAACAAGAGAUAAUGAGACGCAGUGCUGGAACUCCUGUGCAUCUCGACACAGGGUUAAACAGACUUGCUGCCAUCAAAGAAUCCUCCACUUUUCAGCCGGCAUAUUCAUCCCAGGAUUACUCAACCCCUUUUCCACAGCACAGGCCUUACUCCAGGAGGAGCAUCGCUCUGGAUGAAGACGACUCCCGCUCUGUUAUCAGCAACAUGUCCGAGGAUGUGGAGAGUUUUGCCACCAGUACAGCAGACCUGGCGGAUGUACGAGGUCUAUACGACUAUGAGAGGCCAGAAUCAGCCUGUAGCUUCAGCAGUGAUGUCUCCCGUUCUUUGGGCAAGCCUCCGACUGUUCCCCCAAAGAGUGAGAAAGCCUUACGCAGAGCACAAAGGUUGACUUCUCGAAGAAUCAAGAAGGAGUUGUCCAAAACUGCAGCAAACAGCCACGCUGGGGUUGAGAAAUCUCUUCAAGAAGUCCCUUCUGCCUCCUCCUCCUCUACUGAGGUACGCUCCUCCAGCCGCCAAGCUGUGGCUUCCCCCCAUUUUUCCUCACCUGUCUCCCUUGCUCACGCUCCAACAUUGGGGUCUAGCUUGCCUUCGUCACACACAGAGCAUCAAUCUUCUCACAGCUCUAUCUAUGCUUCCCCUCAUGCCACUGGUCCUAUCUCCCUUGCAGUUGCUUCACCUCAUGCUACUGCCCCUGUUACCCUUCCUGUUUGCCCGCCUAAUGCUGCUUCCCACAGUGCUGCUCCUAAGAUAGUUGCUCAUGUUCCCUCUUCUCCCACUCUCCAUCAUGCCAACCACCCAGCUCCAGUGACACAGUACCAUGUAGAGUCAAGCUAUCCCCAGUCCUACCCACUGACUCAGCGCAAGGUGCUGCAAGACCUCGGCUCUGGUCAGUAUUUCGUGGUAGACGUGCCUGUUCAGGUGAAAACAAAGACUUUCUUUGACCCAGAAACGGGAAAGUAUGUUCAACUGAAUGUGCGCGAGUCUGGCCAGAGCACCUCCCGACCCCAGCCACAGCAGACGUACCCACAAUCUCAGCUGCAACCCCAAAUGCAGGUCAAGCUUCAACAACAGUCCCAGGCAUCUCCAGCUGGCAAGCCUUUUGUGCUUUAUCAAGGCAACCACGGUUAUCCCCAAGGCUACCAACCUGCUAUCACCUCCCACCAGAUGUCACCCGCCCCUGUGACUCUCCACCAGGACCACCAACCUGUCCGGGAAAGCCACAGCUACGGAUAUCCAGCCCCCGAAAUGGGACAGAACUCUGAAGGGCGUCGCUACAGCCCAGAGAAGACUCCAUACAUGGACACAGUUAAUGAUAAAGACAAAACAUAUAACACAGUUUACAACACACAUGGCCCAUAUGAGUCGUUCCCAGAGUGUGACACAAACAGCCAGCUUGCAGGAAGCUCCAUUUGUGAAAAUGAUAACUCAGCCCACUCAGGAUAUCAGUCCCGUGAUAUAAUAACAAUGGGUGAACUGGAGGACUUUAUGGAGGUGUCUGACUGGUGAGAACAAAGAUUGGUCAAAUGGGUUAAAUAGACAAUUAGCUAAAUAAAGUGUUGUAAAGUGUUUGUAAAUGACCGAAAAUAGUACCAGAAUGUUUUUGGUUUGUAGUUUUAAUAACUCCCCUUGAGAUGCUGUUAAAUUGCUGCUGUUUAUUUUGGAGAUUCAUUGUUGAGCUAUUUUUUUGUGUUACAGAGAAGUUCACCAUUCCAUUUGACUUUUGAAUGUGAGAAGCUAAAAUAUUUUUCUUGUGUAUACAGUAUGAUUAGUACCCCACUGCAUUCUAAACUGAGAAGUAUGUUAUUAUACAUCGAACAGCAACAGUGCGUUAAUAGUGUUUAGUUGUUUGGAGAAACACUGGUUUCUGCUAUGAACACUGACAGGCCUGCUUAAGUUUUCAUCCUUUUUUCUUGUUGGAGAAAUCGUAAUUGUGGCAUUUUGUGAUGCAUGAAAUAUUGUUAAACCCACAAAGUCAAUCAGACAGUGUAAAGCAUAGUUUGUGUAUUCAACCACUGUGUCAAAGUGAAAACAUGGUGAUGUGGUCGUUGCUGUUUUUAAGGUUUAAUUUCAUAAACUAGUCCAUUUUUAAGAAGUUUGUGAGAAUGUUUCUGUGUUGCUGUGAAACAGAGUAGUGUGACAUGGACUUUUUCAGGCAAUAAAAACAAACUUAAUUCAAGCAAAUAACUUCUCACCACAAUGACUGUCUUUCAAAAUCACACUGUAAAGA